AUGUACUUGUCACUGCCACUUCCUUCGACAGUCACUCGAACCAUGACAGUAACUUUGUUUUAUGGUGAUGGGAGUCACCUUCCAAUGCCAUAUACUGUUACUGUCCUGAAAAACGGUUGCUCUAGGGAUCUCAGCCAGGCAUUGGGUAUUGGAUGCUGCUUAAGGAGCGAUGAAAGCCUGCUACUUGCAGAGGUUUAUGAACAUAAAAUAUUUCGAUACUUGGACACUCCUUUGGAGCCACUCAACUCGAUAAAAGAUGAUGAUCAUAUUGUUGCAUACCGACUUCCCAAAAAAGGGACAGAAUUAACUAGACUAGAGAUUUGUCACCGAUAUCAGGAAAAAUAUAUGUCAGACAGUUCGAAGGUCAGUGAGAGGAAGCUUUUCUUAACACCCCUUGUUACUUAUUUGGAAAACCCACAAACUGGGGCUGAUAUUGAUCUCGCUGUUAGUAGAAUGCUUUCUCCAUUCAGAAGGAAAGCAUUUCUCCCGUUGACUAAAAACAAUAGUAGCAUGGAAAUUUGCUCUGCUUCAGAAGCUGAUGAGGAAUCAAUGUACUGCUGCAGUACCCAGUUAGAACCUGGGAGCCAAUCAAAGCAUAUUACAGAACAGGCAGAAAUUUCCUGUAGGGAGUUGUCAUUUCGGCUUUUUAUUGCAGAUGAUAGGGUUUUAGGUAGCAGACCAAUUGUAAAAGAUUUACCCAUAAAAUCUAGUAGACUGGUGAAGGUUAUGCUGGAGUGGACUGACAAGGAACAUGAGUUUUAUGAUGCCAGCUACCUCAAGGAUUUUCCUGAGGUUCAGAAGACGGAGCUGACUGAGAAGAAAACCCGGCAGGAAGCUAUCUCUUUGUUUUCAUGCUUGGAUGCAUUCUUAAAGGAGGAACCCUUAGGGCCUGAGGAUAUGUGGUAUUGUCCUCGUUGUAAGGAACACAGACAAGCUACCAAGAAGCUAGACUUGUGGAGGUUGCCAGAGAUACUUGUCUUCCACUUGAAACGGUUCUCAUACAGCCGAUGGCUAAAGAACAAACUCGAUACCUUUGUAAAUUUUCCCAUUCACAAUCUUGAUUUGAGCAAAUAUGUUAGAAGCAAGGAUACUUGCACUGGAUCUAAUAUUUAUGAACUAUAUGCCAUUAGCAACCAUUACAGUAGCCUAGGUGGUGGGCACUACUCUGCUUAUGCCAAGUUAAUUGACGACAAUAGAUGGUAUCAUUUUGAUGAUGCCCAUGUUUCACCGGUUAGUGAAGCUGAGAUUGAGACAUCAGCUGCUUAUGUGUUGUUCUACCGAAGAGUUAACUGUCAACCAAAUGGAGCAGUGGGAGAGUUGUUCCAAGACCAUGGGACUGCUUGA